CUAAAAUAUUAUAAAAAUGAAGCUAAAUGCAAAAAAAAAAAAAAAAAAAAAUCCACAUCUUAGAAUAUUUCCACAUUUGGUCAAGUGUUAACUGACUCUAGAUUUGGAGAUUGAGUUAAUCAUCAGGUUAAGAUUCCGUUGCAAAAAGAAAGAAAUCAUCGAAUCGAAUGGCGAAGGAAGAAGGUGAAAAUGGUUUUUCAGAGCGGAAGAGGCUGAAGAGAGUGGCAUUGGCGAAGGACAUCAUAGUGUCAGAUAGUCGAGCGAAAGCGGAAGCGGCGUUGACGCCUUCGAAUGUCGUAAUGAAACACCAUGGCAAGGACAUUCUCAAGAAGUCUCAGCGGAAGAACAGAUUCCUCUUCUCCUUCCCAGGACUACUCGCCCCUCUUCCUGCUCAAGGAGGCAAGAUCGGUGAGCUCAAGGAUUUGGCCACCAAAAACCCCAUUCUCUACCUCCAUUUCCCCAAGGGCCGAUUGAAAUUGUUUGGGACUAUUUUAUAUCCCAACAACAGAUAUCUGACGUUACAAUUCCCUAGAGGUGGCAAGAGUGUCACCUGUGACGACUACUUCGAUAAUAUGAUUGUAUUUUCUGAAGCAUGGUGGAUUGGGACAGAAGAUGAGAACCCCGAAGAAGCUUGCCUCGAUUUUCCUAAUGAUUUUAAUGAGGGACAACUCGUUGAAUGUGACUUCAAAGGUGGAGCAGGUUCCACAUCUUUGAUUAAUAAGCCUGCCGGAAUGACAUAUGUAGAACCACAGUCUCCUAUAUCUGAAGAGCUUGAAGUUGAUUUAUCUGACUCUGAAAAAAAUUUAAAGGAUUUGAUCAAAGCAACACCAGUUCGACAUUCACAGAGAACCGCUGGGAAAUCAUUCAAUUUUGCAGAUGCUUCUUCUGGGGAUGAAUCUGUCAAGAGUGAUGCUGAUGUAUCAGAAGGGGAAGGAAAAAAAGUUGAGGAAGUUGAUUCUUCAAUCACAAAAUAUACUAGUGGAAAGACUGAAAAUCUCUGCUCUGUAAACCUUGACAUUGACAAUAAGGAUGCUGUAGAAAGGGGUCAAUUUCCUGAACAGAAUAAUGCCAUGUCAGUGUCUAAGUCGAAGAGACUGUCUCGUAAUGCCACUACAGCAACUACAUCUAAGGAAGGGUCUGGCAGUAAUCAUGGUUCACUUGUUCAGGCUACUAUAUCCACACUGUUUAAGAAAGUAGAGGAGAAAGCACCAAGAAAUCCAAGGAAAUCUCCAUCUCCAAAAGUUUCCGGCCAGAAGUUGCAGCAUCCUAAUUCAAAAAGGAAGAAUAAUGAGGAUGAAGGACCUAGGAAAAAGGAAAAAGUUAUCAAGGAAAAAGAUAUUGGAGGAAGUAUCACGGGAAAGAGAAAGGAAGUUGAGAUUAAAGAUGAUGAAAUUGAACAAUUCUCAAGCUCUUCACAGGAUGCUGAGGGAAGUGAUGAAGAUUGGACCGCCUAAGAUUCUAAUGUCAUUGUUAGGAAACACCAAUAUAGUUUUCAACCAAAUGAUGUAUAUUAAUUCCCAGUGGAAUCAUAGUGCUCUAGGAGCUCACAGGCUUGUAAGUGAUCUUUGAAACCUGGUUAUACUGCCACAGCCUUAACCCUUUGUUUUGGGGGAGUUAAAGUUGAUUUUUGUUACUGAAAUAUAACAAAGAAACAAAAAUUUCCUUCAUGAGUUGGCGUCUGGUGUGGAGGAAAAGUUGCUGUCUGAUUCCUCUUUAUAGGUAAAUUGCUCAGGUCGUGAAUUACAACUGUUCUAUUUUGAAUGCUGAAUUAUCUCUCCCAACUUCUCCAUGCACUAGAAUUAUGUAUGCGCCCUUUCUUUU